AUGAGCAUCGUGGCGGAAUCGCGGACGCUGCUGAUCGGCGACCUCAUCCAGGGCGGCGUUCGGAUCUUGGCCACGAGAUUGUCGAUUGUUGAGAUGGCGCGCUUGGAUCUGGCCAAACGUGCCACCACUGGAUGGCUGAUUGUCUACUGGAGCCACAUCUACGUGCCGCCGUCGCGCGAUUACGGAUGCCCCAAUCUGGCCACCUUCCUCAAGUGGGUCUAUUGGACGCAGACCAACACGCUUGACGUCACCGCACAGCUCUCUGACAGCGAAGGCGUCAUGCCCGCCAGCCAGGUCUCGCACGAUCUCGCCACCAGUCUCGCGCUUUCGUUUCAUCGCGUCACGUGCGGCGGACCGACCAAGACGGCCUUUGCGCGAUCCGAGUGCAUGGAUGACGUGGGCACCAUGUGUUCCAACCAUGGCACGUGCGUCGUGCCUUCAGCGCGCUACACCAUUGGGAACGCAACGUGCAACUGCCAGUCGGGAUGGGAGGGCGUCCAGUGCGCGUUGGCGGUCAAGCCCACCAGCGCCGCCGCGAGCACCAACAGCGAUUCAGAGCUGCGUCUCAGGCUCAGGCUCAGCAUCGGCAUCGGCGUUGGCAUCGUCUUGCUCCUACUCUUCAUGUUAGUCUGUGUUCUGGCUGCACUCAGCAUGGGCAUCGUGCAGCGCAAGCGUGAGCGACCCACAUGGGACCCAUUGAUAUCCAACAUCAAGUUUGGCGAUCUGAUCAGCACUGGCAGCAAUGGCUACAUCCACAAGGCCAAGUGGCGCAGCACCAAAGUCACCAUCAAGACAUUCACCGCCCACUGCACCCAUUUCUCCCACAACAAGCUGCAGAAACUGCGUGGAGAGGUUGACAUCAUGAACUCCAUGCGCCAUCCAAAUGUGAUUGUGUUCUACGCCACGUGCACCAAGCCUCCAGAUCUGUGCAUCAUCAUGGAGCACAUGGAGCUGGGCUUGCUCUUUGAUCUCCUUGAGAAUGAGCUCAUGGAGUACCUGCUGCUGGCGCUUUGUGUCAAGCUUGCGCUUGGGAUCACCAAGGGCAUGCACUACAUCCACUCGCAGGGCAUCGUCCACCGCGAUCUCAAGUCGCCCAAAGUGCUCAUUGACUCCAAGUGGAAUGCCAAGGUUGCUGACUUUGGUCUCAGCACGGCGUGA